UCAACUAAUCCUUCACCGAAUCAUUCAAAAGAGGGGUAAACUUACCCCAUACGAUGAUUCAAAACGAGAGAUGUAUGAGGAAUGAGAAAUUCCUACUUGGUUACAUACCAUGAAGACCCUGUUUGGGCCAAGAACGAGCCAAGGUCGAUCAUCCGGUGGAUCUGGCUGGGAUAUGGGCAGAUGGCGGAUUUGGUAUGUUUUUCCGAGGGAAACGGUUUGGUUUUCCUCGGUUUUCUUUUUGGAUAUGAUUUGAAUGAUGAUGAUGAUGAUGAUGAUGAUGAUGAUGAUGAUGAUGAUGAUGAUGAUGAUGAUGAUGAUGAUGAUGGAUGGAUAUGGAUAUGAUGAGUGUA